AUUUUAUAAUAAUGGAAAUUUAGUUAUGGGAUCACAAAUACUAAAUGAUUAUAAUAAUAGAACGUAUUAUGAAGUUUUUAUUUUUCCAUUUAAAAAUUUAAAAAAACAACAUUGGAAAGCUAGCAAUUCAAUUUCCUGUGGAAUAUCUGGAGAAAUGAAAGCAUAUGAUUUUAAUGACAAUGAAAAGGUUAUGAUUAUUGACUCCUGUGGUUCAUUAACACAGUGGGAUUUAAAUACAUUAUCAUUUGAAAAACAAUAUCAAUUAGAAUGGAAUAAAAUUUGGGCACUCCAUCCACUGGAAAAAGAUUUUUAUGCUUUUAAUAAAAGUUUAACAUUAUUUGCGGUAUGUUUACAAGUUUCUGAUUGUCCAGAAGUAGAUUUAUUUAUUUCUGUUUAUUUGACCGAAAAUGCAAUGCAUUUAUCACAACAUAUAUGUAAAGAACUUUCAAAAUCAAAUAGAGAAGAAACUUGGAUAAUGUUUGAAGAUUUGAUAGAUGAAAAAAUUUAUAACAUAUCAAAUGGAAAUUUAUGGGUUCAAGAGCUUUCUAAACAACAAUGGGUCACAUACCUACGAGAUCAAUUAAAAGACACAAAUAAAAUAAGCGCUCUACCUAUAAAAUGGGAAGUAAUUAAUAACGGAAGAGUAAUACAUGCUCAAAAAUUUGAUUCAACUACAAACGAAUGGAAAUCUUUAAAAUGGGAAAUUUAUCCAAACCAUUUAAUAGACGAAAAACCUCCAAAAAAAUUUGUUUAUAGAUGCAAUUUAUUGUAUAAUGAAGAUUUAAUAAUUAUUACAUCUAUUGGAUUAUUAAUUUUGUCAGUUUGGCAGAAAGAUGAAAUUAGAUUACGAUAUUACAAGGGGUAUCCUUUUAAAUAUAGUUUUCUAAUUAAAAAGGAUCUUAAAAAUCAAAUGGUAUCAGGCUAUUCAAGCUUUUCAAGGAAGGAAUCUGAAUAUAAAAAAAAACAAUUUUUUGCAAAGAAAUCAUAUAUUCAAAAAUUACUUGAGGAGAUACAUCAUUAUAAAGAAUUUUCAUUACCACCACCGGAUUUUGAUGCAAUUACUCUAUAUCAUGAAGAUUUAUGCAUGGAUAAAAGAUACCCUUUUAGAGAAUUAAUAGAUGAUUAUAUUGAUGACAAAAUAACAAUGAUGCUAUAUGGACAUGAUCUCUUGAAAAGUUUUUUUAAGAAUAAAGAUCAUCAAAUGAUGGAGAAAUUGUAUACAAAAUGUAUUGAAAUAAACACAGAGAAAGAUAACUUUUUAGCAAACUAUAAGUUAUUAGAAAUUGUCACCUUUUCAAUUAACGACCUGUCUGUAAAAUCUCCUGACUUACUAAACCAAUUUUUAUCGCAUACAUCAUUUACUCUAUCAAGUAUGGAAAAAGAAAUUGCGAUUGGAAGGUUUUCAAAAUCACACCUUCAAAAUCAUAAAACAUAUUUACAACUUUCUAAUAGUUAUUUUACCACAAAAUUUGUCACAUAUUUACAAAAUAUCAAAGAAUUAUUUAUUGCAUAUUUAGAAGAAAAAAACUACAUAAAAAGACCUGAAGAGAAUCCAACAUUAAUUUUAAUUUUUCCGCUACCAAAAUUUAAUUCUUAUACUAGAAAAUAUAAUCCUUGGAAAGAGUUACUUUUCCCCAAUCCCAGUCCAUUUUUUGCAGAAAGUGUUUUUUCUUUUUUAGUCAUCCUGGGUUUUAUUGUAUUCGCUUUUGCACAUUCUUUGCAUAUUUUAUUACGACCAACUACCAGUGUUUCUUUAAGUCAGCCUAGUAAUUCAGAUGAUCCGAAUGAUCCUUGGAAUCUUGUUAACACUUACUAUUCAGUUCUUGAAGAUGGCACUCUCUCCAAAAAUUUUACACUUACUGAACUUCCAGAUACAUCCACAAAUAUGUUCACUAUGCUAUAUACGGCCCUUUUGGCUGUAUAUAUAAUGUUAACGGGCGAUGCAACAUACUUAUCUUAUUGGACAUUGACUGAAGAUUUAACAUUGGCACUUCUAAUAAU